AUGGCGACGACAAGCGCUGUGAUGUGGCCGUCCUCUGUGAUAACGACUGCUUCGUCAACAUUGGUAUGGCGAACCCGUUAUCUCUUGCCCAUCGUCGUGUUUCCGCUCGGUGCACUUGGUGUCGCCGUUCCCGUCCUACUAUCCCUUCACGCAAUCCAACCCACAGAUGAUCUUCACUGCGACGCUAGUCAUCCCAUAUGGGGACGAUUCUUGGGCUAUGCGGGCAUAUCCAUGAUCCUCACGGUUCCAAGUUUCUUCCUAUCUGCAAUAGCAGCCCACCGUGUGUUCAAAAUGCACACGGUGCAUCGUGAGCUUUUCAAGCUCACAGCCCCACAUUCACAUUCCCUGUCGGCUGAAAGGGAGGUCAACAUCAUGGAAUCCUCGAAAAACCCGUCUUUGCCGCCUAUACCCAACUCGGAUGUGGAUCCCAAGUCCGCGGAAUCUGGGAACCAUUUAAUAAACAACCAUGAUCGAGACAUCACGGUGAUGCCAAGGAAAGAUAUUAUGCCUCGUGUUGACGACAUGGAUAAUGCCGCGGCUAUGUCAAACGAGAUCUGUCCUCCACGGGCUAGAAUUCUUCCUCCCUCCUUAUCCUUACCGCCUGCGCAAAAGCGCUCUUUGGAGACAUCGCAAUGGGACGAAUCUCAGACACGCAACGAACGAGAGUCCAUCGGGCCCAUUGGAACAGCUACUCUUCCGAUAUCGAGUCAUCAUGGUUAUGAACAGCCUAGACAGAGUCUUGCGCCUGCAAUAUGGAGGCUCAUUCUCUUCCAAAUGGCGUUCUUUAUCACCCAAUUUCUGGCCGCGCUUACGACUAUCAUUGAUGUAGCAAACCAUCGCACAUACCCAACGCCUUUUGGAACGCAGCAUGUAGCGUUAGUGCUGGUGGGAUGGGGACCGUCGGUAGUGUUUGGCCACCUUCCAGCAGUCCGGCGUAAAUUAAUGUUCUGGCGACGUCCAAAUUCGAGUGCAAACCGUUAG